CGUCCUCCAAGCAACAACGCCAGCCGGAAACUUCCGCGCGCGUAAUUUCCAGCUCGCAUUCCGACGGUUUUCGAAGCGACCGUGCACAGGUCAGUGUGUCGGCCCGCGUGUGCGCGUGUGUGUGUUGUGACCGAGUGACAUCCGAAAAUACAGAACCGAACGAACGGAACCGACUCGCGACCUUCCCUCGGAAUAGAACCUGAACAGCACCGGAGUUACGCUAUGAGGACUUCCAGUGGAAAACGACCCAACUAAAGUUACAGCAAGAAAGCUAUUCCAAAGUGAUAAACCGGCGGCAACAAAAUCAAGUGUUUCAAACCGCCAGCCCAGUGCAUCCAGCGACGCCAAAGUAAAUUAAUAAUAAUCCACGAAACAGUGCCCACCAUCAUGAUGAAGCGGAGAAAAUUAAUGAAUCGAAAAUUAUGAAAUCCAAUAAUCAUAAAUUAGAGGAAACGGCCCACCACCAGCCUACGGCGCAAGAAGGGGGGCUCCAUUACAGAGUGUGGUGAACAAUAGCUCGUGCGAUGCGGUCCGCUGAAAGUGCUGCCAGCAGCCACCAGUGCUGCCAUCCGUAAUAGGGGGGGCGGAAUUCGCCGGAAUGUGGCUCGACCGGCCUAACAACGGCCCGAGGCCGCCACGCUGCCGUCGUAAUUGUGUGCAAACGAAACAUCGGCAAGAAGCACAUUCAACGAGGCAAGUGCUGCCAGCCGGAAGUGGUGCCAGAAAAAUCGUUGCCAGAGAUAAUCGCGAAGCAGCCGGUUGAUGAGGAAAAGAAGGAAGAAACAGUGGAAGGAGGAAGCAGUUAACGAUUUUCAGACGUCAAACAGCUGUGGGAAGAAGAAGAAGAAGAAGCAGACGGAAAAGGUUCAGGAAGUUAAUUCAGUCGAACCGCGGUCUGUGUGAGGUGGAGAAAAGCCCUGGAAGGGAUCUUUAACGGUGAAACGCGAACUUCCUUCGGCGAAGGAAAGUGUUGUGCUUUGUUGUGAGAAGAAAGAAGAAGAAGAAGAAGAAAAGAUUGAUAUCCGUCGAGUCCGGCUGGUUGAAAGAUUCCAUGUUGUGAAAAGUCUAAAUUGUUUUUUUUUUUGGCUACGUUCCGGCCGUCGUUACAGGAUAGCUUCCGGCGGUUGUGUGGUCGACGUUUGAGUAGAAGGAAGCGGCUACAAAUUGGGACCGCAUUGCUGGGAUUCCGUCCGGGUGGGGUUGUUCAAAGCGGUUUAAUCUUCCUAGAAGAAAAGAAGGGGAAGGGUAUAGAAAUUAGCGUCAAUUUUACCUUUAAUUUUUAAGCAUCCGAAAUCUUCAAGUCUCUCUCUCGCUCUCGUCGACGUCGCUCCCAAAAAAGCCAACCCAAUCCAGAAUGUCACGCCGGUGACACUUGACAAAGUGUGUCAAGAGCAAUUCCAGCGCAGUGGUGUGCGUGAGAACCCGUUGCGUGCGAGAUAAGCCGAAACGAGCGCUCCCAACGAAAGCGCACGCACACACUCGUAGAUUUACACACUCAAGAGUAAAAACAAACACACACACACACAAGAAGCGAGCGACCUAGUAUAAUUAGUCGACGCGAGGGGAAUUGAGACAUGGGGCUGGAGGCGGCCUCGAGCGCCGCAUUCCUGACAGCCGUCCUGGUCCUGGUCCUGGCGGGGACUCCGCCAAGUGCCCUGGCAUCACAUGGGAACUUCACCGAUUAUCAUCCGUUCAUUUAUCUGACACAUCCGCCUGAAAUCAUCCGGAAGCCAUCGAACCAGGGAGUGCGCGUGGGAGGCGUCGCGACGUUCUUCUGCGGUGCCCGCGGAGAUCCGGCGCCGAACAUUGUGUGGAGGAAAAAUGGCAAGAAAAUUAUGGGAACGCAGUCACGCUACUCGGUGAUCGAGUCAAAUGGAGUUUCGAUGUUGCGAAUCGAGCCGGUCCGCGCCGGCCGCGACGACGCCCCGUACGAGUGCAUGGCCGAGAACGGCGUCGGCGAUGCCGUCUCUGCCGAGGCCACCCUCACCGUCUACGAACCGGACAAAACGCCGUCGGGCUUUCCCGUCAUCACCCAGAGCCCUACGACGCGGGUAAUUGAAAUUGGCCACACGGCCGUGAUGCAGUGCAAGGCCACCGGUUCGCCCCAGCCCAAGAUCUACUGGAUCAAGGACAUGAAACGUGUCGACAUGACCAACUCCCGUUACAGCAUCAACGCGGAAGGAAGCCUCCAGAUCGACAACAGCGAGGAAAGCGACAUGGGCCGGUACGAGUGCGUCGCGGAGAACUCCGUCGGCACGGAGCACACCAAGCAGACCAACCUGUACGUCAAGGUGCGCCGCGUUCCGCCGACCUUUUCGCGCCCUCCGGAGCCCGUCUACGAGGUGAUGCUCGGGGGAAACCUUUCGCUGGCCUGCGUCGCCGUCGGAUCACCGAUGCCGUACGUCAAGUGGCGCCAAGGAGUGGACCAAGAGCUGACCCCGGAGAACGAUGUCCCCGUCGGGCGGAACGUCAUGGAGUUGACCAACAUUCGGCACAGCGCCAACUACACCUGCGUGGCGUCCUCAACGCUGGGGAUCAUCGAGGCCACGACGCUGGUCAAGGUUCAAUCUUUGCCAGCGGCACCCACGGACGUGCAGAUAUCGGAGGUCACCGCGACCCAGGUCCGGCUCGAGUGGUCCUACAAGGGACCGGAGGAUUUGCAGUACUACGUUAUCCAGUACAAACCAAAGAACGCCAAUCAGGCGUUCAGCGAAAUCAGUGGCAUCAUUACAAUGUUCUACGUCGUUCGGACGCUCAGUCCGUACACCGAGUACGAGUUCUAUGUGAUCGCCGUGAACAAUAUCGGUCGGGGGCCACCCUCGCUGCCAGCCACGUGCACCACCGGAGAGACAGGUGAUUCUGCGUAUGGAGGCUCCAAAAUGGAAAGUGCACCGAGGAACAUUCAAGUGCGCCCGUUAAGUUCAUCGACAAUGGUUAUCACCUGGGAGCCACCUGAGACGCCUAAUGGACAAGUGACUGGCUACAAAGUGUACUACACGACAAACCCGAACCAGCCGGAAGCGUCCUGGGACUCGCAGAUGGUGGACAACAGUGAGCUGACGACCAUCUCGGAGCUGACGCCGCACGCCAUCUACACCAUCCGGGUGCAGGCCUUCACGUCGAUGGGUGCCGGUCCGAUGUCCAACCCGGUCCAGGUCAAAACGCAGCAAGGAGUGCCCUCCCAGCCGAGCAGCUUCCGGGCGACCGAUAUUGGCGAAACAGCUGUCACUCUGCAGUGGUCCCGGCCGACCCACUCGGGCGAGAACAUUGUCCACUACGAACUCUACUGGAACGACACCUACGCGAACGAGCAGCAUCAUCAACGCAUCCCGAACGCCGAAUCGUACACGCUGAGCAGUCUCUACCCGGACACGUUGUACUACUUCUGGCUGGCGGCCCGGUCCCAGCGGGGCGAAGGUGCCACCACGCCGCCGAUCCCGGUUCGCACCAAACAAUACGUCCCCGGUGCACCGCCCCGUAAUAUAACCGUCGAGGCGACCAGCCCCACGACGAUCAACGUGUCCUGGCUGCCGCCGCCGGUCGAGCGGUCCAACGGGGCCAUAGUGUACUAUAAGGUAUUCUUCGUCGAGGACGGCCGCACCGACGCCGAGGCCACGGUGACCACCCUCAACUCCACCAGCCUGACGCUGGACGAGCUGAAGCGCUGGACCGAGUACAAGAUCUGGGUGCUGGCCGGAACGACCGUCGGGGACGGGCCCCGCUCCUACCCGGUCACUGCUCGAACCCACGAAGACGUUAAAAUGCCCGGAGAUCCGCAGGACGUCAAAGCGGCCCCCGUUAACUCAACCACGAUUCACGUGUCCUGGAAGCCACCGAAGGAGAAGAAUCGCAAUGGAAUCAUCCGUGGCUAUCACAUCCACGUGCAGGAAAUGCGUGAUGAGGGCAAAGGACUGCUCAACGAGCCGAUGAAGUUCGACGUUGUGGACGCGCUGGAGUACAACGUAACCGGGCUGCAACCGGACACCAAGUACGCCGUCCAGGUCGCGGCCCUAACCCGCAAAGGUGACGGUGAUCGUAGCGCCCAGAUAAUUAUCAAAACGCCGGGCGGAGUUCCCGUGCGGCCCACGGUGAACCUGAAGAUCCUCGAACGUGACCCCACGGUAUCGAUCGAGCUGGAGUGGGAACGUCCGAAGCAGACGUACGGGGAACUGCGGGGCUAUCGGGUAAAGUGGGGUGUGAAGGAGCAACCUUUGACGGAGGAGACCAUGCUGGGACCGCACACGCUGACGAAGCGAAUUACCGAUUUGGAGCGGGGUGUUGAGUAUGAGUUCCGGGUUGCCGGUAUGAAUCACAUCGGGAUUGGUCAGGAAGCGGUCAAGUAUCUGCAGACGCCCGAGGGUGUGCCGACGGGGUGGCCUUCGGAUAUUUUGGUGCGGUUCCAAACGCCUGAUGUUGUGUGCAUUACUUGGGAACCUCCGACGAGGGAGCACCGGAAUGGGCAGAUUACACGGUAUGACGUUCAGUUCCACAAGAAGAUUGAUCAUGGUUUGGGAACGGAACGUAACACGACGAUCAGGAAGGCAGUGUUCACCAACCUGGAAGAAAGUACCGAAUAUGUGGUGAGGAUUCGAGCCUACACCAAGCAGGGUGCGGGUCCUUUCAGCGAAAAGAAGAUCAUCUCAACUGAACGGGACAUGGGCCGAGCACCACUGUCCGUACAAGCCGUGGCCACCUCAGAGCAAACCGUUGAAGUGUGGUGGGAGCCGGUACCAUCUCGAGGCAAGCUCGUUGGAUACAAGAUCUUCUACACCAUGACGGCCGUUGAAGAUUUGGACGAGUGGCAAACCAAGACGGUCGGAGUCACCGAAUCUGCCGAUCUGCUCAAUCUGGAAAAGUUUGCCCAAUACGCGAUUGCGAUUGCCGCACUCUACAAAAACGGUCCCGGUCGGCUGAGUGAAAAGGUCACCGUCAAGGUCAAACCCGAGGACGUCCCACUGAAUCUGCGUGCCCACGACGUCAGCACUCACUCCAUGACCCUUCAGUGGGCCCCGCCCAUUCGACUCAACCCCGUCAACUACAAGAUCUCGUUUGAUGCCGUCAAAGAGUUUGUCGACUCCCAGGGAAUCCCUCAGAAACAAAUUCUACCGAAGAGGGAGAUUGUAUUGAAGAGUCAUACGACAGGUCACACAAUCGGAGAACUGUCUCCGUUUACCACGUACUUCGUAAACGUGAGUGCCAUCCCAACGGAUUACUCGUACAAACCGCCAACCAAAAUUACCGUCACAACACAAAUGGCCGCUCCUCAACCGAUGGUCCAGCCGGACUUUUACGGCGUCGUUAACGGCGAAGAGAUUCAGGUCAUCCUGCCCCAAGCUUCGGAAGAGUACGGUCCGAUUUCACACUACUACCUGAUCGUAGUUCCGGAGGACAAAUCAAACCUGCACAAACUGCCCGAUCAAUUCCUAACGGAAGACCUGCUACCAAGCAAGACACGAUCGGAACGACUAAACGCACCGUACAUCGCGGCAAUGUUCCUGCAGCGAAACAUUCCCUACACUUUCCACCUGGGCUCCGGUGAAACCAACCACAACUUUACCAACCGAAAGCUGGAGCGGGGCAAGCGGUACCGAAUCUUCGUACGAGCCGUUGUCGAUACUCCGCAGAAACAUCUGUACACGUCCAGUCCGUUCUCGGAGUUCCUCGCGCUGGACAUGAAGGAAGCACCAACUGGAGAACCGCCACACCGGCCAAACCCGAACGUGCCCCAAGAUCCGGAGAUUUUGAUCCGCGGGAAGAAUGAAGAACCUGGUAUGAUCUGGGUCAUUGGGCCGAUCAUCGCUGCUUUAGUUUUGUCCUCGUGCUUGGUUAUUGUUUACUUUGUGCGCCGACGAAGACAACCGUACAAGACUCCCGAUCAAGCAGCGGUCACUAGACCGUUGAUGGCUGCGGAUUUGGGAGCGGGACCUGCUCCUACGGACCCGGUCGAUAUGCGACGCUUGAACUUCCAAACCCCCGGCAUGAUCAGCCAUCCACCGAUUCCGAUCUCGGAAUUGGCCAACCACGUGGAGCGGUUGAAGGCCAACGACAAUCUCAAGUUCUCGCAGGAGUACGAAAGUAUCGAACCAGGUCAACAGUUUACCUGGGAUCACUCGAACAUGGAGGUCAACAAGCCGAAGAACCGGUACGCCAAUGUGACCUCGUACGAUCACAGUCGAGUGAUCCUGCAGCCGAUCGAGGGCGUUCCCGGGUCGGACUACAUCAACGCAAACUACUGCGACGGAUACCGGAAGCAUAACGCGUACGUGGCCACGCAAGGACCGCUGCAGGAGACGUUCGGCGACUUUUGGCGCAUGUGCUGGGAGCUGAAGUCGUCGACGAUCGUGAUGAUGACUCGGCUGGAGGAGCGAUCGCGCAUCAAGUGCGACAUGUACUGGCCGGCACGGGGAACCGAAGUGUACGGUGUAAUGACAGUGACAAUCACAGAAACUCAGGAAUUAGCAACGUACAGUAUAAGAACGUUCCAGAUUUGCCGCAGCGGCACCAACGAGCGGCGCGAGAUUAAGCAGUUGCAAUUUACGGCGUGGCCCGACCACGGUGUCCCAGACCAUCCGGCACCGUUCCUGCAGUUCCUGAAGCGCACCAAGGCACUCACCCCGCAAGACUCGGGCCCGAUCGUUGUGCACUGCUCGGCGGGCGUUGGCCGAACCGGAUGUUACAUUGUGAUAGACUCGAUGUUGGAGCGAAUGCGCCACGAAAAGAUGAUCGACAUCUACGGCCACGUGACCUGUUUGCGGGCCCAGCGCAACUACAUGGUGCAAACCGAGGACCAGUACAUCUUCAUCCACGACGCCCUGCUCGAAGCGGUCAUCUGCGGCAACACCGAAGUCCCGGCGAGAAGCCUGCACAACCACAUCCAAAAGCUGAUGCAAACCGAACCGGGCGAGAACAUCACCGGCAUGGAGAUGGAGUUCAAGAAGCUGUCGAACGUCAAAGCCGACUCGGCCCGCUUCGUGACGGCCAACUUGCCCUGCAACAAGCACAAGAACCGCCUGGUUCACAUACUGCCGUACGAGGCGUCCCGGGUGUGUCUGACUCCGAUUCGGGGCGUCGAGGGCAGCGACUACAUCAACGCGAGCUUCGUCGACGGCUACCGAUACCGCAACGCGUACAUUGCGGCCCAGGGACCGCUGCAGGAAACGGCCGAAGACUUUUGGCGCAUGCUGUGGGAGCACAACUCCACCAUCGUCGUGAUGCUCACCAAGCUGAAGGAGAUGGGACGGGAAAAGUGCUUCCAGUACUGGCCGCACGAGCGCUCCGUUCGCUACCAGUGCUACGUGGUGGAUCCGAUCGCCGAGUACAACAUGCCGCAGUACAAGCUGCGUGAGUUCAAGGUGACGGACGCGCGGGACGGCUCGUCGCGGACGGUGCGUCAGUUCCAGUUUAUCGACUGGCCCGAGCAGGGCGUGCCAAAGUCGGGCGAGGGCUUCAUCGACUUUAUCGGGCAGGUGCACAAGACGAAGGAGCAGUUCGGGCAGGAUGGGCCGAUUACGGUGCACUGUAGUGCGGGGGUGGGCCGAACCGGGGUGUUCAUUUCGCUGAGUAUCGUGCUGGAGCGGAUGCAGUACGAGGGCGUGCUGGAUGUGUUCCAGACGGUGCGGAUACUGCGCUCGCAGCGGCCCGCCAUGGUGCAGACGGAGGAUCAAUACCAGUUCUGCUACCGGGCCGCCCUCGAGUAUCUGGGCUCGUUCGAUCACUAUGCCAAUUAAAAACAUAAAACUGACUCCCAAAAAAACGUACAUCAACAGCAGCAAACCGAAAGAAAACACGAGAAAAGCCACAUGACGCAAUACGAUAUGAUAGCAUUUAUCGACUACUAACCACAACCGUUACAAACCAAACUCAAACCGACACCGGAUGUCGCAAAAAAAUGAAGGAACAAUCGCCAACAGUGCAGCAACAAAAAAAAACACUACAGUGACGUAUCAGAUAAGAACAGAAAAAAAUCAUUCCAAGUAGCGAACCGUCGCAGCGCAUAAUGGGCAGCAUUAGCAUUAUCUUCACCUCAUCCCCCCGUCCCACGCAGAGGUCAUUCUAAAUAUCGUGCGCGCGCUCUCUCACUCUCACCUCACUAGCUGAGGAGGCGGAGUCCCUUUUUGUACCGUGGAAAACAUCUCGAAUAAUCCCCCCGCCAUCAAGGUCAUCACAAGCAUCGUCGUGCUGCAAAUGCAUUUUCAAUCGACACAUUUUGUCAAUCAAAAUUAGCCAGUUAAAGGAAGUCUUACAAUCUUUUCGAAUGAGAUCUAUCAAGUAUUUUAGAAGAAAGUAACACACUAAGCUAGGACGAAAUUUGUCGUUUAACGAUUCAGACGCGGAGGAGGAGGAGGAGAAGGAAGAAGAAGAAAAUCACAUCACUAGUUAGAAUGAAAUCUAUAUAGCAAAAACAAAAAAAAACGAAUAUCAAAUGAACAUAGGAAUCAGGUUUUUUAGAUAAAUUUCAACAAAAUGAAGCAUCGUAAGCAUAUUUCCAGGAUAAUGACAAAAAGUUACUAAUUUCAAAGGAGCAGUAAGGAGAAGGAGAACUACUAAUUAGACGAAAAGAACAGCAUUCAAAUUACCGAGAAUAGCAUAUGGAAACGGGGCGGCGAACAAGUAGAACAAUAAAUUCAUUCAUUACACGUAAAACAGAACAACAAGACACACAACGUCUGUAAUGAUGGAGAGCGCCGGAAAACAAGAAUUACAAACAAAACGCUUUACUUGAUUUACACGGGGGAUUGCAACAAGUAUAAGAAAAGGAUUAAGCGUGUGUAGGCAUCUAGGACUAAGUGUGUGUAUCAUCUCUAUUUUUGUAUAAAAUAGUGAGCAAUUAUUGAAGAAAGAAAAAAAUAGCGAGGGCAGCAGCAGCAAGUGUGAGAAAGGUAAAAUUCAUCAGACUGAUAUUGUAAAACCGUUGAAGCAGUAAAUAAAGUUACAUUGUACACGUGUGUGUAAGAAAAAAAAAGUUUUGCGAGGACAGUUCUUGUACUUCACAGCAGAGAGAGAGAUAUGAUAUAUUAUAUAAGUCGCGCAGAUCCAGAUUAUAUUAGCAAAGUUGACCCGUUUGAAUGGUGUUGUGCAGCAUUAUGAAGAGAGAAAAAAAACGCAAACCAAAUCCUUCUAGCAAAAUUAGGCGCGGUAGAGAGA